AUGACUAUAUCUACUCUUAGUAACGAGACCACGAAGAGCGGAUCUUGCAGCGGCCAAGGCAAGAAUGGUGGGAAAGACUUUACGUAUGGAAAGAAGUGCUUCACGAAGGAAGAAUGGAAGGAGCAGGUGGCCAAGUAUUCUGCCAUGGGCGAGCUAUAUGCAAAUAAGACAAUACAUUAUCCGCUGAAAAUUCAGCCCAACAGCAGUGGCGGCUCGCAGGACGAGGGAUUUGCUACCAUACAGACCACACCCAUAGAGCCCACACUGCCACGGCUUCUGUUGAACUACUUUGUUUCUAUGGCAUAUGAAGACUCGAGCAUUAGGAUGGCCAAGGAGCUGGGAUUUAUACGGAACAACAAAGACAUUGCGGUUUUCAAUGAUUUGUACAAGAUCAAGGAGCGUUUCCAUAUCAAACAUCUUAUUAAGCUGGGGCGUAUCAAUGAGGCGAUGGAGGAGAUAAACUCUAUCUUCGGGCUGGAGGUGCUGGAAGAGACUUUCAAUGCUACGGGAAGUUAUACGGGUAGAACUGACAGGCAGCAGCAGCAGCAGCAGCAGCAGUUUGACAUAGAUGGAGAUUUACACUUCAAACUGCUGUUACUGAAUUUGAUCGAGAUGAUAAGAAGUCACCAUCAACAGGAGAACAUCACCAAGGAUUCCAACGACUUUAUACUCAAUCUAAUUCAGUAUUCUCAAAAUAAACUUGCAAUAAAGGCUUCGUCAAGUGUCAAAAAGAUGCAAGAGUUAGAAUUAGCAAUGACUCUGCUGCUUUUCCCCUUGUCAGAUUCGGCGGACAGCGGCAGCAUUAAGCUGCCCAAAUCGUUACAAAAUCUGUACUCGAUAUCUCUAAGAUCUAAGAUAGCAGAUCUGGUUAAUGAGAAGCUGCUGAAGUUUAUUCAUCCAAGGAUUCAAUUUGAGAUCAGCAAUAAUAAUUCCAAAUUUCCAGAUUUGUUAAAUUCCGACAAGAAAAUAAUUACGCAGAACUUCACGGUGUAUAACAACAAUCUCGUCAAUGGUUCAAAUGGUACAAAAAUAACUCACAUUUCGUCUGACCAACCUAUCAACGAAAAGAUGUCAAGCAACGAGGUCACGGCUGCUGCUAAUUCAGUUUGGCUAAAUCAAAGGGAUGGAAAUGUUGGCACAGGUUCAGCGGCGACAACUUUUCAUAACUUAGAAAAUAAAAAUUACUGGAAUCAAACUUCUGAAUUGCUUUCCUCUUCAAAUGGAAAGGAAAAAGGUUUAGAAUUCAAUAAUUACUACUCUUCCGAAUUUCCCUAUGAACCAAGAUUGACGCAGAUAAUGAAACUGUGGUGUUGGUGCGAAAAUCAGCUUCAUCACAACCAAAUAGGGGUUCCUAGGGUCGAAAACUGA